AUGGCCAACACCAGGCGUUCGUCACGGCAGCUUCCGACCAAGUCCCUAGAGACAGCUGUCACGAGGGGUGGUACAAUUGUUCGUCAGCCAAAUCCAGGUGACAAUUCUGAUAAAUGACCAGGGACAAUAUCCACUCUAUCUGUUCUCAUCUUUUAUCCGCCCCUUUUUCAGGCAGGAUGUCCAAAGGGACUCUGCUCAUUUGAAAUGCGCAGGAAACUUCUCUGAAUAAUGUUGUUUUAAGCCCUUGCCAUACUACCUCCAGUGUCAGAAGCUCCCGUGGAGGAUUCGGAACCCGAGGUUAGAACGUACGCGAGGAAUAAGAGGAAUAGAGCGGGACGGUUUUCGGACGCGGAUAACCUACCGGAACAACUCAGUAGGAAGGUAACGUCGUCUCUCUUCUGCACGGGUCUUGACGUUCUAUCCUCAGUCCUUUUAGGAGGGUAUAAUGUACGAGUAUUUGAAGUAGGUUUACCUUUUCUUGCUUCAAUUAUCCCGUUGUUCCAGCUUAAUCAGAAGCCAGCGAUUUUGCCUGACAUUGAGGAGUUUGAAUACAAGACGAAGGCGAAUAAAGUUCCUAGUAAGAGUACUAACCCUGGUGCGCUUUUCUGUGAGCUGUGAUGUCAACUUCGAAUCAUAGAUCAACGGCAACGCAUUGAAUUGUAAAUUUUCUUCAUUUCAUCUUUGAUCGCAGCAUUCUCAUUUGAUUCUUCAUCUGAGGUAGUCACAUUAGUAUCAUGACGUUUUAUGGAAAUAGAAUGCACAAGAGUUAUUAAUGAUUCGACCUUUUUGAUGAUCUGAACUCUACAGCACUUCCAUUUUCAGAUAAUACUGAGUUUUAUAUAAUUCAAAAUAUCGAUUUUUUCUGUUGAAGAUUCAUUCAUUUGGUCUAGAGAUUUGAUGGAGUGAUCAGAAGCCUGUGUCUAACAACAAUUCACUCAUUUCUUGCAUCUCUCAUUUGAAGAGGUAAUUUGCCUAUUCCUCUUUUCAGGACAGAAACAAACCAUUCAGACCCACAUGUCACGUGAGAAAGAGGUUCUUUCACCUGUGUCGGCAGGUAACUGGAUACGUCAAAAUCAUAAAAAAGAUUGAUAUCUGCCAUGUUUCAAUGUUAUAAGUAUUACAUUGGUAUUAUAUGUAUAAAAUGUCUGGACAUGGUCUUUUUCUUUUUAGGAUUUUCAUAAUACAUGAACUGAUGUUUAGUAUUUUUCUCUUUUUAAAGAUCUGUCUAUUUGAUAUGAUACAGUGGACCCACCUGCCAACUGGAAAGAAGUCCUAGAAGGGAUUCGAAAAAUGAGAUCUUCAGAAGAUGCUCCAGUGGACUCGAUGGGAUGUGAGAAAGCAGGGAGUUUUUUACCUCCAAAGGUAAUCAAGCAUUCUCCAUUUCACUAUAAUGCUAUGGCUUCUAACUUCUCCAUUGCAGUUCAAACCUGUUAGAGUCUAGAACAUUUGGUCAUAAAAUUUCGAACUUAACUACGAUUUUUUUGAUAUAGGUAGGAAAAGAAAACUCGGAUACUAAAAGGUUUGAAAUAUUAUGUGAUGAUUUAAGCAUUAUCAGGGAAAAAUCUCCCUCUGAAAUUCGGAAUGUCCACUUUCCACAUAUACUCGGAUUAUACCUUCCUCUAGAAAAUUUCAUGAAUGAAAUGGCAUUUUUUUUAGUUUUUUUCUGCAAAAAAAAUUCGCAUAUCUGAAUAUGUCAUGUUCUAUUCCUUACCAGGAAAGAAGGUUUGGUGUUUUGGUAUCUUCACUUCUUUCAAGCCAGACAAAGGAGAAACUCACGCGUGGUAAGGUCCCAAGUGUCUUCCAGCUUUUUACAGUUUCUUUUGGGUAUCGCCCUUAAAAUAUCAGAUGAUACUGCUCUAAAGACCUUUUUUUCAUAUUAUGCAAGUUUACAUUCGAUAGAUCAAAUAGCCUAGUCCUAGAAGUUCCAUUUUUAAAACGUGCCUGUGAUGAUAAGAGUUCAUUCUGUAAAAAUCAACGAGUGCAGGUGCUAUUCAAAGGCUUUCUCAGGUUGGACUACUUGUUCCUGAUGCAAUUGUUAAGGUCAAUGAAGUAACCCUCUCAAACAUUAUCUACCCGGUACAUUUUCCGUCACUCAUAAGCUCCAGAGUUUAUUUUCCAAAUGGGAUAGUUCUUUCCUUCUUUAUAUUUCAGUGCAGAAAAGCAAACCAUCGUCAAAUGUCAAGCCUCUGGAAUUCACCCUUUUUGAUAUGUAGCUUUCGUCAAUAUAUGCUUUUGUUCGUUCUGGACAUCCACAGAGACUUUGGAAAAGUUUAUGUCAUCUGAUUAUUCAUUUAAAAGUGACAUCAUCCCAAUGAGGCUCAGAAUACCGUGUACCACUAUCAUACGCUGCCCCCGCACCUCAAUGGGUUCCUUUCGGGACUAAUAAGUUUUUAUCUAACAUCUUCUUUACUCUCCUCUCGAUUAGGUUGGAUUUUACUCGAGAAAGGCCCAAUACCUGAAGAAGGUUGCUGAAAUAUGCCUUGAAAAGUAUGAAGGUGAUAUUCCCCGUUCUUUGGAGGGGCUGCUCUCUCUUCCAGGGAUAGGUCCUAAGAUGGCACAUCUGGUAAUACUACCUUGAUUACUUCGCCAUCAUUUGUGGACGGGUUUUCCUUUUUUUGUUAAUUGCACUGAGUUGGCAAUGAAUUAUGCUGCACAGGUUAUGCAUGUUGGAUGGAACGAUGUUCAAGGAAUAUGCGUGGACACUCAUGUGCAUCGGAUUUGUAACCGCCUUGGAUGGGUUUCAAAGCCAGGCUCAAACCGGGUACAUUGCGGCUCAUUCAUUAAUUUCGGAUAAACUCCUGCGUCUGAUGGUCACUGCUGUUAUUUUUUUUCUCAUCUUUGCUAGAAAACAUCUACCCCUGAAGAAACGAGGGUUUCUUUGCAGACAUGGCUACCGAAGGAUGAAUGGGUUGUGAUAAACCCUUUGCUGGCACGCAUUCUUUUCCUUUGAAAAUAACCCUGCGUCAUAUGAUAAGAUCAUUCACUUUCCUUUCUGGAGAUGUUAUUAUUAUCUAUAUUAAAAUCUUUUUUCUCUAUUCCAUCUACAGGUUGGGUUUGGGCGGACGAUCUGCACUCCUCUCAGGCCACACUGUGAAGACUGCAGAGUAAGUAAUCGCUGCCCAUCCGCCUUUAGGGAGACGGCAGUGUCCACCUCCAAAACAAAGGAAUCAAGCCCCAGGAAAGGCUCUUGA